AUGUAUUCACUCCCCGCCGCCGUGCGCAUCGCCGUCGAAGCUGUCGACAUGGAUGUGUUCCCCCCUUCUUCCAUCGCGUACUGUCCGUCGCUUUCCCGCCCCCAAAGCUGUGCUGACAUGCUCAGCACCACCAUGAAUAAGUUUCUGAAGAAGCGGACCACCGAGGCGCCGGCCGCCAUUGAAGAUGCGACCCAUUCUCUGUCAUCGGGUGGGCAGCCCUCGCCGGGCCUCAAGAAGACGUCCACUAGUCGGUGGAAGAAGAACAAGAAGCCCGAGCCCGAGCCCAAGCCUGAGGUCAACAUCACCAUCGAGCUGCCCUCCAGCGAUGACUUCCGCACGAGCUUGAUUAUGCCUAACCUCUCCGCCCGUUUCAGCAUGCUGCGAGAGCAAGACGAUCCGAAGUCAAAGAUUGGUAAGGCAAGCGAUGACAGCGUGUUGCAACCGCGCAGGAGGUCUCGGAUGAACGAAUUCGGCUUUGGCAUGGGAGGUCUCGAUGACAUUGCUGAGGUGUCGUCGAUACAUGGAUCCGUCAAACCGCCCUUCGCUUCACGAAGCCGCGACGCUUCAUGUGCAUCAGAGGAUGGAUAUGGCAGUGAUGCGGACGCUUCGCCCGGAAACAUGAUGGGCCGCUCUCGGCCUGGAGAAGGAAACAGUCUCUUCGGUGGCAGACAAAAAGUGUACAAGAUCGCAGCUUCUGGUUCGACAAAGAGCUUGGGAAAGCAGGUCUACGAAGACGAUUUGGGCAAAUCCGCGUUCCAAAAAUAUCGACAAAAGGAACGCGAAUUCGACGAGAGUCAUUUCAGUCGACCUUCUAACGAGAGCCAGGGCUUUGAUUUCGGACUGGGCCUGUCUGAGUCGGGUGAUCAGGAUGAAUCGGCGUACGACUCUCUACCCACGGAUUCCGCAAAGGAUCUCUCGCACUCGCCAUCCUUCUCUACAUACGACAAGAAACGGUCAACAACAUCGUCCACUGCACGCUCGGACGCACGAUCCUCCACCGCUGCAACGUCGAUUGCUUCGCAGCAGAAUACGAGUGCGGCGGCAUCUCCUGCGAACGUACAAGCACCUCUAGUAGCUCCAGCCAUGUCUACUUCAUCUUCACAAGACCGUCCGAAUCYCAAGAAUCGUAGACUGUACGACCAAGGCCUGGACCAGCACAUGCAAGACCAGCAGGCCUCUGCGCUGACGCGUCUGAAUUCUUUGCAGCAACAGCGCUCGCUGGCCAGUUCGAGGCCGUCUCCUUACUUGCAUGGUACUAAGAGUGCCACCAAUCUACGGGAUCGUGCAGCUCAGCCAGUGUACGCCUUACGAUCGCAGUCCCCAUCCGCAUCGGCAUCAGCUCCGUCGCAGCUGAAUACUCUUGGUUCCCUAAGGAACUUGAGCUCUCCAAAUUCCAUGAACAGCGGCCCUCAAUCCCCAAUCGAUGACGAAUCCGAUGCUCUAACCCAGGCAUUGGAGCCUGCCGACAGAGGCAAAGCCACAGCCAUGGGCGCGUUCAACAAGCCUGCGCACGCGUUCGACGAGCAACAAUAUCUUGAGCGUCAACAGCAGCUCCAACGAGCGCAGUCCAGUGCAGUCACCAAGACUAGAACUGCACAUCCUGCAGUGCAGCAGCGAAUUGAUCAUUACGAGCACGACRGACAGCGGACCACGGCCACGCCGUCUCCUGACCCGUACACCAGAGCUCGGUCGAACUCUACCAAGCACGAACCGACAAGGGCAUACACAGUGUUCCAGAACGCGGUCAACCAGUUUCCCGCAAAGGUCGCCGCGCAGAAGACGUCUGCGUCAGAUACCCACCGCACAUUCUUUGGCGACAUCAGUGCAAGUGAGGACGAAGACGAUGAMGAAGCAACGCAGAUCGCACAAUCGUUCAACAAGCCCGAGUAUGGAUAUGGCACGAACCAUUCCAACAAGUGGCAACCGUCAAUUCUCCACCCUGUGUCGGAGCACCCAGCGUUGCGGAGUCAGCGGUCGAAUCUGCAGAUCAUGGAGGAGAGCGAAGACUCUGAGCUCAAAGAGCUGGAGCCUGUCGCCUCUUGGCAGACCUUACGCGCUGAUGCCCCAGCGCCAGGCUUUCAACUUGACAGCACGCUGGACUCACCUACGCUGGGCCCGGAAUCACAUGAACCACUCAAUGGCAUGGUGCGUCAUCUUCGACAGAGGAGCAACCAAUCUUCGCUCUAUCCAAUGGACGAUCUUGUCCUGCAAGAAGAUGAUCUUCCCAACGUCCCCGAGCUGCCUUGGACCUCUAGGAAAUCCGACUCCUUCAGCCACGUAAUUGGCAACGCUUUGCAGACAUCUGAAUCUGUACGGGAGUCUGCAUACAGUGUUUCGAAUCCGUGGGAUCUGGAUGAAGCACAAAGCUUCUCCGGUGCGACGCGCGAGGAUGCCAACCGGACGGAAUCAAGUUCCAACUUUCAUCCCAAACAACAAUCUGAUGCAUCUCCCCCGUUGGAGGGUUCUUMCAAUCGUUCUCUUCUUGGCAGCGAAUCUCAGAGAUCCCACGAGCACGAGGCCGUCCCUUCCUGGCAACAAGAACUGCGUAAACAGCACACUCGCGAUGCAAGCACCGCAACCCAGCAGGAACGAGACGCCUUCGAGAACGAGCUGGCCGUACGUCGUAAUGCUAUCCAGGAAAAAAUCAAAGGGAAAGUGGUGCAAAACAGUCGGUCAAGAGGAACGAGUCCUGCGUCGGCUGCCGCGACUGGUGGCUUGAGGGCGUUUGGCAUGCUGCGACCGAAGACUAGCAGAGAAUCGAUCGGCAACAUGCGCGAUGCCUCUACAAAGACAGGAAAGACGCUCGGAAUUUCGAGCGCGAACAUCAGCAGUACGAGUCUGCAAAGUGCGGCAGAGAGAGAUGGAUACAGCACAGAGUCGGCACGAUCUGGGGGUGAUGCCUCAUCGCGGGCGCCGUUCAUUGCUGGUCACCCUGCUUUCAAGCAAGACUUCCACAGCAGCGACGGCGAAGCCGCCAAGAACGAGCGCCAGUUGGCAUCGAGCAGGCCGCUCAUCAAUGGUCGCAACCGCAGUCGCUCAAACUCGACCGCCACCGGACGAUCGAGGAGUCGCACCGGGCCAUACCGAGACGACCUGGAAAAGGCAAUGAUAGAAGGGACCGGAUCUAGCGCUGCUGCUCAGUCGGUGCCUGACUCUCCCCGCUGCGUGUCGCCAGAAAUGAGCGGUGACUUCGGCGAUAGGGACAGCRCCAGCAAGAAGAGCAUCUUCGACGCCAAGAGUGCUUUGGCAUAUCAGCAAAUGUAUCAGCAAAACAGCUUGAGAGUGGGCAACAGCGGAUCGAGCACUCCGGUGCUAUCCCCAGGCUUAUCGACCAAUCGCUCGACGCCGCCCCUAUCUGCUACAAGCUCUCAUUUCAACGCCACCCACGUUCCGAUCAUACCGACGAAUGUCAUACGCCCAGGACAGCUGCAUCGGAAGAAGACCAUAUCCAAAUCGGACAUCUCGGAACCAACGCUGAUAUCAUCAACGUCGAAUGUGGACACAGUCGCGCUACCUGAAGGUGCUUCGCUGAAAAACGGUAUGGAUGAGGCUCCGCCACUGCCACCUAUGAACCCUCGCCGCCGUGGAACCCGCAAGCUGUUUGGCAUGGGUCGCGCAGACUCGAGCGAGGAUUCUCUCAGAGCAUCCAUCCCGGAGCCCGCGUCCAYAAAAACAUCUCCACCCAGGGAUCACCAGUUCCCCCCAAGCAAUGUCGUUCGCAUACCCGAUCCCUCGCAAAGUCCCGUCACUCCGCAGACAGGAAACGCGUUCAGCCCGGUUUUGCGAUACAGUCCCRAUUCGUUCAAUCCUUCCGUCUCUCCUGAGCGUGUUCAGCGCCAGGCGAAUACUCCUCUGGAUGGCGGCAUGUUCUAA